UUUAGAAUCAGAAAUUUAUUAAUAAGUUAUUUCUGGCUAACUUCCUAGCAUUAUGCAGCUAUGUGUAUCUGGCCUCUAUCUAUGAUUUACUAACCUGGAACUAAUUUUCUCUCUAUUUGGGCACAGCAGGAGCUCGCAUCGGUUAUGAUAUGUCACCAUUUAUCAGGAGAUAUGCGAAGUACCUCAAUGAAAAGGCUCUUUCCUAUAGAACUGUGGCAUUUGAUUUUUGCAAGGUGAAGAGGGGAAAGGACGACCGUACUUUGCGUACAAUGAAUGCCGAGAAAUUGUUAAAAACCUUACCAGUACUACAGUCACAAUUGGAUGCACUAUUAGAAUUCGAUUGUACUGCCAAUGAUUUAACCAAUGGCGUUAUUAAUAUGGCUUUUAUGCUUCUCUUUCGAGAUUUAAUUAGAUUGUUUGCAUGUUAUAAUGAUGGCAUUAUUAAUUUAUUAGAAAAAUAUUUUGAUAUGAAUAAAAAGCAAUGUCGCGAGGCUUUGGAUCUGUAUAAAAAGUUUCUCAUAAGAAUGGAUCGGGUUGGUGAAUUUUUAAAAGUUGCCGAAAACGUUGGCAUUGAUAAAGGAGAUAUACCUGAUCUAACAAAGGCUCCUAGUAGUUUAUUAGAUGCAUUGGAACAACAUUUAGCUUCGUUAGAAGGAAAGAAAGGUUCUGCAGCAAACACUCCUACGCAGUCUGCAAGCAAUAGAACGAAUGUAAAGUCGGGAGUGUCCGCCCUAUCUUCCACCAGUACUGCGUUUGGAACAGCAGCUAGUAAUAAUCGCCUUGACCAUACCGGAAAUGGACAUAUCGAUGAAGCGCUUCGACAACAAGCUCUUGCGGAAGAGGAGGCUGCUAUGAAUCAAUACAAGGCAAAAGUGCAAUCUCCAUCCAGUGGCCCCAGUACGAAUCCAUUCCUUAGCUCACCGACAAACAAUGCCAAUCAACCAAUUGUAGAUUUAUUUGGUGCAUCAUCAACGAUAACAAGUAGUGAAAGCCAGCCACAAAAAGCAUCAGAUGAUCUACUUCAAUUAGCAGGAAAUCCUUUUGCGGACAUGUUUGGAACACCACAACCUACCGCUGUACCGACUACACAAACACAGAAUAACAUGUGGAUGACUAAUGGUAACGGUUUUGCUGCAGUGCCUCCAGCAAAUAAUAAUUUUGUUACAGAUAAUAGUUUCUCUUCUGUAUUUGGUAAUCAAGAUUCUCAAUCUGCUGGUGCUCCAGGAACGGCCGGAUCCGUACCAAACCCUUUUAUGUCCGACUUCCCUUCCCUUGGUUCCCAGUCAACGCAGUCAAACGCAGCCGCUUUCGGUCUCUUCGAGCAGGGUGCCGCGACCAAUGUUGCCGCCAAUAUGAACGAUGGCGAUAAUCAGCAACAAACACAGACCGGAGACCUGUUCAGUGCUGGCGGCCAGGCAGAUCUCUUUGGGAGCGACUCUGCAGUGCUCAAGACCGUGGAGGGUGUCGCUGGGGAAGCCGCAGAUACGGCGUCCUCUGUGACUCUAGCCUCCGGUAAGUCCACUGCCACGCCGCCUCCCAGACCGCCGCCUCCCGCGACAGCGAUAAAUGAUACGCCUAGACCAGCUUCUCCAACCGUGUCCGGAGUGGCGGUUGGCAAACUAUCUUCUGGAACAACGAUUACUACCGCCACCGCUCCAAGUAAGAGCGCGUUUGACGAUCUGAACGAUAGCAUUCGAAUGGCACUGGGCGGGUCUCCGUCAAGGCCGGCACCCAUAGCUCAACAAUUGCCGACCGCGCAACAAGCACAGCAACCUCUUCAACAGGGUUUUGGCAUGUUUGAUAUGGCUACCAAUAUGGCUGCCACCGGGCAGUCGGUCAUGUCUGGCGGACCGAUGGUCGGCUACGGUAUUCCCACCCAAGUCCCAGCGGGGUACGGUUCCCCGGCAAAACAACCGAUCUCAGUAGCAGGACAACAACAGAAUGCAGUAUCUACUGGUAAAGUCCUGACUGGAGAUUUGGACAGCAGUCUUGCUAGCCUUGCCCAAAAUUUGACCAUCAACAAAAGUGCUCAGCAACAAGUCAAAGGUAUGCAAUGGAAUUCACCUAAAAAUGCUGCCAAAACUGGUGGUCCAGCUGGAGGAUGGACACCGCAACCUAUGGCAGCUACAACUGGCGCUGGAUAUCGUCCAAUGGGACAAGGAAUGACGCAACUUUCUUCAACAACUCUGGGUUUUUCUCCUCAUCCUGCACCAUUGGGAAUGCAAAGUGUGCCAAUAGGUAUGCAAAAUAUGCAAGGCAUAAGACCUAUGAUGAGCACAAUAUCUGGUGGUCCUGGUAACAUGAUGGUCACAGGAGGAACUGCACCAAUGAUGAUGUCUAGUUCAAAUUCAAUGAUGGGUACUAACCUUCAGCAUCAAUCACAACAGCAACCACAGCAGAAUGUUGCGCAACCACAAAAUAAUCAAGUUCAACUUGAUCCGUUUGGUGCCCUAUGAACAAAUUAGGAGUUUUUAUUGGAACCAAACAAACGAAACAACUUUGUAAAUAUCAUGUAAUAUGCCUAGGAAAUGUGCCCUGCUUGCUCUCAUUAUUCUAUGUCAUUUGUAACGAAUCGGCACGCGUAAAGAAAAAGAAGAA